AUGUCGCCUUUGUACCCCGGUCGUGGGGGCAUUAUUCGCUCACCUCGAUCACCAGGUGGUUUGAUCCUGAUACGAGGUGUGGUCGAACAAAUGAGCGUGGGGUACAUGCCUGACUCCACACCAAAGGUUCUGGGCACCCAACAAAAUGCUCCCUCUGCAGCUGGUGCAAAUGUUGCCAGUGUUGGGACUCCGAUCGGAAUUUUAGAUCGGGCAGCCGAACAGCCUGACACAGCCGAGCACAGCCUCAAACUUGAUAGCGGAGAUAGGAACUAA